CGAUCGUUGUCAGUAGCCCCGCCUCUCACGAGCUCCAUGAUGGCGCCCCGAGCAGUGGGGCUCUGACUCGAGCUCCUUCCUCGUUAACCCUCCGUCGUCAACGCCUCGUCUACGCCAACAGCCUUCAUCAUCAGCACCUCCAUCAACUCCCCAAGGCCUCCCUCCCAUCGAGCGCCGCCAACCACCACCAUGCGCUACCGGACGCUGCUGUCGGCCGUGCGUCCCCUGGUGCCCGUGCUGCUGGGCCUCUCGCUGGGCUUCACGCUCUCGCUGCUCGGCCUCACGUGGAUGGAGGAGACGUGCGGCCCUCGUGGCCCAGCGGGGAGGCACGGGGAGGAGAUGAGCGGACACGGCGGGGGGGGGCCCACGGACAACCUCGGCCAGGACUCUGCAGGUGGAGGAGGAGGAGGCGGCGGCGGCGGUGGCAGCAGCAGCGUGCGGAGACCCAACUCGAUCGUCGGCAACGUGGAGGGCGAGGACUACCAGCCGCGUAUCGUGCCUUACACGCGGCCCGCAGACCAGCCCCGCAAGGCCAAGAUGAUCCGGCCACGCUACAUCAGCACGGAGCUGGGCUUACGGGAGCGGCUGCUGGUUGGUGUCCUCACGUCGCGGCUCACGCUGCCCACGCUGGCCGUGGCCGUGAACCGCACGGCGGGUCACCACCUGCCACGCACUCUCUUCUUCACGGGGCAGCGCUCACCCAGCCGCGCUCCUCAGGGCAUGAACGUGGUGACGCAUGGGGACGAGCGGCCCGUGUGGAACAUGUACCACACGCUGCGCUACGUGCACGACCACCAUGGCGCAGACUACGACUGGUUCUUUUUCGCGCAGGAUGACUCCUACAUGCAGGCAGAGCGUGUGAAAGAACUCGUUGGGCACUUGAGCAUCGAUGCAAAGGUUUAUCUAGGCCACCCGGAGGAGUUCAUCAUGAAUGUUGGAGAUGUGGAUGGAGCCAUGGGUGGGGGCAGCCAAGGGCACUACUGCCACGGGGGCUACGGAUUCGUGCUGUCCCGCAAGGCCUUGUUGGACUUGAACCCUCACUUGGAGAGCUGUCGGGAUGACAUCUUGAGCUCUCGGGCAGAUGAGUGGCUUGGUCGCUGCCUUAUCGAUACACUUCACCUGUCAUGCUCCAAUAAGCAACAGGAGCAAAGAUACCGCACAUUUGAGCUGGGAAAAAAUGUGGAUCCUGAGCGAGAGGAAGGGCCCGAGUUUGAGAAUGCCUACACUGUGUGGCCUGUGACCGAGCCCGUGCUGAUGUACCGCCUACACAAGCGCUUCACUGAAAUCGAGUUGGAGAGAACCUAUCAUGAAAUAAAGCUCCUCCAGGCAGAGAUCAAGAAUGUUAGUGUGGAGACUCCAGAAGGGGAGAAGGGUGCAACUUGGCCUCUUGGUGUGAAUGCUCCAUAUCAGCCACGCUCACGCUUCGAAGUACUUUCCUGGGAGCACUUCAAUGAGGAGUAUAGCUUCUCCUGCAUCGACGGCUCCCCCAAGUGCUCCUUAGGAGGGGCCGACCGCAUGGAUGCGACCGACAUCGUGGAGACAGCUGUGGAGCAGCUGAAUGCUCGCUAUCGCCCAAUACUUCGCUUUCGCAAACUGGCGCUCGUCAACGGCUACCGCCGCUUUGACCCCACUCGUGGCAUGGAGUACACCCUUGAUCUAUCACUGGAGGUUUCGACGCAGCGUGGAAACAGCCGCACCCUGGUGAAACGAGUGCACUUAGUGCGACCCCUGGGAACAGUGGAGAUCAUCCCCAUGCCCUAUGUUACAGAGGCGACGCGUGUGCACGUUGUGCUGCCUCUCACGGUGCACGAGCGCGAGCACGUGUCUGGCUUCCUAGCGUCGUACGCCAACCAGGUGCUGGAGACGCAUGAAAAUGCCGUGCUCACGCUCCUCUUCGUCUACGAUCCAUUUGAUGCACAGAAGGUUAACGAAGAUGAUAUCUUUGCUGGAGUGAAAGCAGAGGUGGGUGAUUACGAGCGUCGGUACCCCGAGGUGAAGUUUCCAUGGAUCAGUGUGAAGACAGAUGUGCCAUCCCAACUGAAGCUGAUAGACAUCUUGUCUAAAAAGCAUCCAGUCGAUACACUCUUCUUGGUGGCCUCUGUGGGCUCACAGCUCACCAUAGACUUCCUCAACCGCUGCCGCAUGAAUGCCAUCGCGGGCUGGCAGGUGUUUUUCCCCAUACACUUCCAGGAAUAUGAUCCGCAAUUGGUGUACCGAGACCCAGAGCGUCAGCCGACGACGUCACAAGAUAUUUCGCGUGAGACCGGCCACUUUGACCGUGCUGCCUUUGACGAGGCUUGUUUCUACAACUCGGACUACAUGGCAGCGCGCUCCCGCAUGGUGGCAGAGGGCCCCCCCGCCCAGGACCCCAUGGCGCAGGACGCGUCUGAGGACGACGACGACCUAUAUGGCCUCUUUGUGCGCCACUCCUCACUGCAUGUGUUCCGCGGAGCGGAGCCUGCGCUGCGCCACACUCACCUGCGGAGGGCGUGUAACCCCCGGCUAAGCGAGGGCGUAUAUCACCGCUGCCACCAAAGCGACUUGGAGAGCCUGGCGUCGCGCUCACAGCUUGCCUCAUUGCUCUUUCAGCAGGAGCAAUCGAAUAGCACAUGAGGGUUUGACUCUCUUCCAGAAACACUGUAAGCAUCACAUAUAGGGUUUAUAUGGACAACAUAUUGAAGCUUGCUCAUUUUUACAUUCCUCCCACUGUCAGACAUUGUUACAGAUUCUUGAUGUGUUGUAUAACAGGACACUUGUCGAUCAAAUUGCCUUUGUAAUUGACAGCUUUUUAUUAUAUAGGUGCAACAUAUUUCUUGCUCGGGAUCUUUAUUUUUUAACAUAUUAAGUAGUUACUGCUGUUUUUACAAGUGUUGAAACCCAUCAUGUAAACUCAAAUAUUUUUGGGCUGAUAUUGUCACCAUUUCUAUAAGAAAGUAAAGUUGUUUUUGUCAUAGUUAUCAUGUGAAAGCAUAUAUAUGCAAUUAUUGCUUUUCAUAUGGUACAUUUAUUUUUUUGUAUGCAAAGGAGGGUGCUGUAUUUUUGUCAAUUAUUGGUGUUUCCUUUGAGCUUAAAUCUAAAUGUGCUUAUCCUAAAAUUGAAAUGUGAAUACAAAACUCAUGUUUCAUUCGAAAUAUGUAUAAAGUGCUCAUUGUCUUUAUAUUAUCUUCAUGUGUGUACUCCAUGUUACGGAGACAGUAGUUUAGGCCAUUGGUCCUCAAAAGUGACCAAUAGGGAAAUUUAACUUAAGGACAAUAUUUGAGAAUCACUGGUUCUGUAAGCAGCAAAAGAUUUUCAAUCUGCACCCCCACUGCUGCGAGUUGAGUUUCCCAAGUCUGGCAGAUGGAAUGUGGGAGCUCGUGCAAACAUUGGCAGUAAAAGUGGGAUUUACAAACUAAUUGGGUAAGUUAGGUUGUUAGUGAGUUUAGUCAACUUGUGCAAUAUUGAAUUUGCAGUUACACAAAUGAGAUGCUAUGCUGAUUGUAUGGGUUUUAAUAAACUCAAUGUUUGAUAAAGUAUCUUAAACUGAAAACUCUUAUAUCUGGAUAAAAAGUGGUACUGUCUUUUGUGGAGGUAUCUGAUUUAAAUUAAAUGUUCAAAUCUUG